AUGGUAUCCACAACACGAGGAACUCUCUCGAGAGCCGCAGCGGAGAAGGCGGAAGGAAAGAAACCGGUGACAGAGGAAGGCUCAGGGAGUAGGAAAAGCGGAUCCGCGACCAUGAAGGGCAAGGACUACGCCGAAAUCUUCGACAAGAUGUCUUUCGUCGGAACGAGAUACCAUGACCUCACGGCGAUGGCGGAACUAGGGAUCUCUCAGGACUGUCACUACCUCUUCGAUGAGAUGUAG